UGAGCUACCUUUACAAUUUACUUCCCUACACCAAUUUGUCUGUCUCCCCCCCCCCCUUUUUUUUUACCCUGUCCAAUCCCAUAUUAAUGCGUACAUACACGUGUACUUAAAAAUUCACACAAACAAGUUAUCAAUAAUUACGUACAGGCUUUUAGAUUAAAUUACAAUAACAAACACAAAAGAUGAAUGUACUUUAAAGGCAUGAAGAACAAAUUUGAUAUAUUUUGCAAUACUCUAAGAAAAUUUACUCUACCAUUGUGAAAAGGCAACAAGUGAUACGCGUCAGAACGUAGAAUACCUGACACCGCGCAGGAACCAGUGGGGAUUGAGAGAUUUAAAUAUUUUUUCUUUCCUGUUUAUAUAUUUGUUUGUGUUAUUUGCGAAGCUGAUUUAUUGCUGUAGACAUUUAAAUCUUCUACGAAACUUUUUCCUCUCGUUUGCCAAACUUCUUGUGGAAGUUAUAUUGAGUUGUCAUGUUCCCUACUGCAGAGCAAACAUAGAAAUUAAUUAGUUGGAUUUGAUUGUCAUUGUGGCAGUUUAGUGUGCAUAUUGUUGAUACGCGAUGGAGACAAAUGGCAUAGAACAUGUGAAUACUAAAAAAAUGAACGGUUUUCAAAAAGGACCGAUGGAACUGUAUUUGGUGAGAAUCUCGCCUGCUUGCCGAGCAGUCUGGCUCUACGUCAUCCAGCAUGAAAUACCUCACCUCCUGAUUGACGUCGAUUUCUCUAAGGGACCCAAACAUCUUCCUGCCGUGUUUAGAAACCAGCCUCAUCAAGAAGUCCCGCUUCUAGUGGAUGGUGACGUUGUGGUCUUUGAAGCACAAGCAAUUUUGCGGUACCUGGGCUUGAAAUACACAAACUCGGCGGGGUUUGGACUGUCAGUGCAGAACCAGAUGUUAAACGAGUCUGUGAUUUCCUGGUCCUUUGGUGAACUUUUAAGAUCAGUAGGAUAUAUGUAUGUGUUCCCCCAGUUCUUAGAGAGCUACUCCUUCUCUCCAGAAAGCGCAAACGAAGUGGUCUUAGAAAAGGGUCUUCGUCUGGUCACAACGCAUUUGGAAAUCCUAGAGAACAAUUACUUGCAGAAGUCUAAAUACCUCACGGGACGGAAAAUGACCGUGGCGGACAGUUGUGUAGCUUCAGUACUCGUGCUUCUGGAAUGGACGGGCUUCAGUUUUAAAAUGUGGCCCAAAGUGGAGGGGUGGAUGAAAAAAGUCAAACAGCAGAUGUUCUGGGACGAGGUUCAUACCACGCAUAAUGAUUUUGUGCGUGAACUUGAGCGGGCCAAUUUGGUACAACGCUAAGAAAGAGGACUAAGUAUAUCUUUAUUUGAUUUGCAGUCUUAUCUUUGAUGAGACUUCCAAGUGGGAUGUUGCAAUACAUGUACAUAUUUAUUGUUCAAAGGCCAUGCAAUAUACAUGUAUUCGAUUACCGAGACUGAUAGCUUAGAGACUAGGGGAACAACCUUGUCUGGAACACAGAACCGUCAUAUUAUACAUGUCAAUAGACAAUGAGCAUUUCUUCUCAGUUUGUCCCCAAAGUUUGUGCAUUUUCACAGCUGAACCCAGAAUAAUGACCGUAGCUCUCUAAGACCCAUAUUCACGCUGUACAUUCAAUAUCACCACUUACUUUAAUUUAUUGUUAGUAUUUUACAAUAUCCUACACUUAAGAGAUUUGAUGCCUUUUAUUUUAUUUACCAUACAUUAUGUCUGCCUUUUAUUUACCAUACAUUAUGUCUGCCUUUUAUUUACCAUACACUACUUAUGCCUUUUAUUAUUCAUGAAUUCCAAUGUAUUAAACAUUUUGAAAUA